AUGGUCGUGCAGAAGUGCUCCAGCUUCCUGAUCAAGAGGAACAAGCAGACACAUAACACAGAACUCAAUAACCUGAAGGCUCGUAACUACUUCUGCUACAGUGGGCUGAUUCACCACAAGACUGUGAGUGUGGAGCUGGUGGCUGAUGGCAAAGGUGUAGUGGUGGCCGUGAAGGGGAAAUCCAGCCAGCAAAAGCCCGCCACCUCCUCCCUGUGGCCUGUCACCAAAAAGACUGCCCAGGGCACUCUCAGCAGCAUCAGGCACAUGAUCUACAAGAACAAGCCUGAGAUGGUGAAGAGGGAGCAGGUCGCCCUAUCAAGAGCUCCUGAAAGCCUACCCCCCAACUCCAAAGCAAUGAAGAUGUCAGCCACCUAA